GUCUCCGGGGUCAAAGACAACGGCUCCCGGUUGUUGUGACCGUCGCUCGGUCUCCGUGUUUUCGUGUGAACGGAGCGAAACGGCCAGUUUGAACGUUUCCUACGUCAUCACCUGACGGUGACGUCAAAGUUCGCGCUGCAGCCUCGGGUCCAGGGCUGAUCUGUGACCAGCAGCAGGAGGUCACCUGAUCUGAUGAUGCAAUUAAGGGACGCCGCCAUGGAGCGGCAGGAGAGGGCGGAGCUCCAAUGGGAGGUGUGUCGUCUGCAGGAGAAGCUGGCGGAGAGUCAGGCGGAGAGGGAGGAGCUGGAGUCGAGGAGCAGAGUUCUGAACGACAGGCUGUGCCAGUCAGUGUCUCCCUCGCUCGCCCUCUCUCUACAUAUGGAGGCUGAGCAGAGGGAGUGGAGGAAGCGGGUGAGGGAGGGGAGAGAGAGGGAGGCCAGACAGGCUCUGCUCAUCCACCGCCUGCAGGGCAAGGUGGUGGAGUACAGAGACCGAUGUCAGCGUCUUGAUCUUCAGUUGCAAAAUCAACACACACAACUGAUCAACACUGAGCAGAGGAUCAGAGAUGAACACAGUGACUCUCUGGAGAGCGCCCUCAUCAGACUCGAGGAGGAACAGCAGAGGUCACUCGGUCUGGUUGAGACCAACGCUCUCUUGCGGGAGCAGCUCGGCCAAUCAGAGCAGGCCAACCAGUCCCUGAGGCAGGACCUCAAGAAGCUGACAGAUGAUUGGUCGAGAGCUGUAGAAGAGGCGGAGCAGCGAGAGUCUGAUUGGCUGAGAGAGAAGAAGUGUGUGUCAGGUGGUGUGGGCCAUCAUCAGGCUCAGUUGUCGUCUGUGUGGAGAUCUGUGGUUUCUCUGAGACGAGUCUGUCACUCUGUCAAAACUGCAGCCGACAGGGACCUGUGGCAGAUGAGGGCGGAGCUUUCUCGUCUCUCUUCGUCUCUUCUGUCCAGCUGUGACUCUGUCUCCUCUGCCCUGAGACUCAAUGAUCAUCACAUCAAACCCCCCCACUCCUCCUCCUCUCUGCCUCCCCCUGACCUCCCUCCCCCCUCUCCUCCCGCUCUCUCCUCCACUCUGCUCCCCCUUCAUCCAGACUCCUCUGCCUCUGAGCCUCCUCUCGUCUCCUCCUCGUCUCUGGGAACCUUCGUGUUGGCGGAGUUGGAGCAGAGGAGGGAGGAGCCGGAGCGCCCCCUGCAGGAGACGGAAGUGUCCCGGCUGAAGGAGUGGAUGGUGGAGCUCUCUCACUCGCUGCAGGAGGAGCACGGGGUGAGGGAGGAGAGAGAGAGAGAGGGAGAGAGACACAGGGAGACAGAGAGAAGUCUGCAGUCCGUCAGUCGAGCUGUCAUCAGCCUGUCCAGAGUUCUGAGCAGCUGCAGUCGCUCUAUGUGUGUGUCCUCGGAGAGCGUCCUCAGUCUGGACCUGUCCUCCCUGCUGUCUGUCCUGUCUCAGACAGAGAGUGCCCUCCAGGGGAGAUACCAGGAACUGCAGGGGGCGGAGCUCUCUGUGCGGCGGCUCAGUGAGGAAAACACAACCCUGCACCUCCGUCUGAAACAGCUGGAAGACGACAACCAGCAACUACAGACACACACAAAACACACUCAGCUGGAGCUCACACACACUCUGGACACACUGAGCAGGGAGCGCGAGACGUUGUCUUCACUGCGUCGGCAGGUGGAGGAGGUGCAGAUGAGGGAGGAGGAGGUGAGGAGGGAGAACAUCAGACUGGGGAGUGAGAGAGACAGACAGGAGGAGAGGAACAGACGCCUGGAGACAGAAACACACAGACGAGUUGAGACGGAGUUGUUGGAGAACGUUCAGCUGACGGAGAGAGACUCUCUUCAGCAGAUGGAGAUUCACACUCUGAAGGGGGCGCUGGAGAGAGAGCAGCUGGACAGACAGAGAGCAGAGGAUGAGGCUGCAGACGCCAGAGACGCUCUGCAGAAGUCCAGGGAGUGUGUUGUGCGUCUGUCGUCCCUCGAGUGUGCCUUGAAGAGAGAGGUGGACGAGGGACGCGACGCCCUGGACAAGAUGGCCACCCUGAACUCGGCCUUGGCAUCAGACAAGCAAGAGCUGAUCAAACAGCUGCUGCAGCUGGAGUGUGAGCUGUCAGAUAGCCAAUCACAGCUGCACGCUCUGAGGUCAGAGGUCAGCUCUCUGCACCAACAGGUCAAGACCCUGAACAGCGACUGCAGCCAACUGAGAGCUCACAAGGAGGAGGAGGCCGACAAAGUGCAUCAGCUGAGACAAAGAAAGUCAGAGAAGGAGAGAAUAAUGGAGGAGAAGGAGAGAGAGUUGGCCUCCCUGAUGGAGGAUAGAGAGAAGAAUGAACAACAGCAGGAGGAGAUGGCCUCUCGGUGUUCAUCUGUGUGUGCGGAGCUGAAGGAGGCGCAGGAGCAGCUGCAGCGGGCGAGAGAGGAGGAGAGGAAGAGAGAGGAGGAGGACCAGGAGAGAGAAAGCAGGAGGCAGCAGGAGGACAUGGUGCUGAUGGAGCUCAGGUCUCUGUCGGUGUCUCUCCAUCAGCAGCUCGCUCAGCAGCAGCAGCAGCUGUCGCAGUCAGAGGUCGACAGAGGUCACCUGAUCACACACGUUCAGACUGUGCAGGACGUCAAACACACCCUGCAGGGAGAGGUGGCGUGUCUGAGGGAGGAGCUGGAGGAAGUGACAGCCAGGAGCGAAAAGUGCGAGGAGGAGAGUGAGGCGCUGAAAGAGAAGAUAGAGCGACUGACAGUGGAGGUGGAGGAGCUGAGGAGAACAAGGACGGAAGAGAAGGAAGAGGGAAAGAAGGAGAGAGCGGCCUGGCAAAGAGAAAGGGAAGGUCUGAAUGAGGAGCUGGGGAUGAGGGAUGGAGAGGUGGAGGCUCUGAGGAGGCGCAAAGAGGGAUUGACUGAGGAAAAGGAGGAGAGACAGAAAGAGGUGGAGAGACUGACGUGGGAGGUGAUGGAGAGGGAUAUGCAAAUCAGCCAGAUGAUGGAGAGAAUACAGCAAGCAGAGAGAGAGAGGGAGAACCUGGAGGAGGAGAUGAAGAAGACAGAGUUGAGGUUGAGAGAGGAGGAGGUGAAGAGGGAGGAGAGGAGGAGAGAGAUCGAGGCACACUGUGACCGGAUGGAGAGAUUAGAGAGAGAGAAGGAGAAGAGAGAGGGGGAGAUGGAGAGCUGUAGGAGGAGAGUGGAAGAAAAGGAGGAGGAGAUCAACAGACUGAGAAAACGAGAGGAGGAAGAGAGGGAGGAGGUUGAACGACUGAGGGGCAGAGUGGAGGAGGUGAAGAGGGACAGAGAAGAGGAGAGGAAAAAGAACGAGAGAUUGAAAGAGGAGAAGGAGGAAGCUGUAGGAGGACUGUCGAAGACGCUGAAGGAGAAGGUGGGGGAGAUGGAGCUUCUGAGGGUGAGGCUGAAUGUGGCAAAGGAGCAGUGUGAGGAGGUGAAGGAAGAGGUGCAGCGCAGGGAGUGCAGCCUGGAGCGCCAGAUGAACGCUGUGAGAGAGCGGGAGGAGGAAGUGGAGCAUCUGAAGGAGCGACUGAGGCUGUUGGAGGAGCGGGAGGAGGAGGGAGCGAGGGAGCAAGAGGAGGUGAAGGAGAAACUGAGGCUUAUGCAGGAAAGAGAGGAGCAGCUGGAGAUCCUGCUGAGAGAAGCACAAGAUAUUCUGGAAGAGGAGAGAAGGGAGGGAGGAGAAAAAGAUGAGAGGAUCUCCCUCUUGCUCAAAGAGCUGCAGGAGGCUCAGGCCGAGUCCGAUGGAGUGAGGAGGAGAGUGAGAGAGGGCGAGGAGGUAAACGACAGGCUAGAGGAGGAGGUGAAGGAGUGGAGGGAGAAGGUCGAGCUGAGUAUGAGGGAGUCAACUAAGAUCAGUUGUCUUCUGAAAGAACGAGAGGAGGAGGUGCAGCAGCUGAGAGAGGAGAGGGAGGAGGAGAAGAAAGAAAAAGAGGAUGAGAGGAGAGAGAGAGAGGAAAGGAGAAGGAGGAUGGACAUCGAGCUGAUGGAGUUGGAUAUGGAGAAAAGGAGACUAGAGGAGAAAUUGAGGGAAGUGGAAGAGGAACAGGAGGAAGAAAGGGAGGAAAAGAGGAGGACAAGGGAGGAGAAAAGGAGGCUGGAGGAGAAAGUGAGGGAGGUAGAGGAGGAGUGGGAGGAAGAGAGGGAGGAGAAGAGGAGGAUGGAGAACAGACUGAGGGUGAUGCAGGAGGGGAGAGAGGUCGAGGAGAAGGAGCUGCAGAGGGUGAAGGAGGAGAAAAGGAGGUUUGAGGAUAAACUGAAAGAGAGGUUGAAAGAAAUUGAGGGACAGAGGGAGGUGCUAAGAAGUAAAGAGGAGGAGAAAAGAAAGCUAGAAGAUGAAGUAAGGAAGACCAAAGAGGAGCGAGGGAGUUUAGUGGAGAAAGAGAGAGAUAAGCACCUCCUGGUAGAAGAGCGAGGGAGGAUCAGAGUCAGAGAGCUAGAGGAGGAGAAGACAGGGCUGACGGAGGAGCUGAGGAAGACAGAGAGGGAGGUGACAGCGCUGAGGGAGGUGGUGAAAAGAGAACAAAGAGAGAAGAAAGAUGCACAGGAGGAGGUGAGAGUCCUCAAGGAGGAGGUCCAGAGGGAGCAAAGAAGGAGGGAGGAGGCCCUUGAGAAGCGGAGGCAGACAGAGGCAAUACAGAAGGAGCUGAAGAGGAGUGAGAGGGAGGUGUCUUUACUGACAGAGGAGGUCCAAGAAGAACAGAGAGAAAAGAAAGAGGUGCAGAAGGAGCUAAUGAGGAGGAGAGAAGAGUUGAAAGCUCUGAGGGAGGAGGUGCAGGGGGAGAGAGAUGGAGCGUCGGAGGAGCUGAGGAGGAGAAGAGAGGAGGCAACAGGGGCACAAAGAGAGAAGGAGGAGAUAGAGGAGAAGCUGAGGAGGACGGAGAGGGAGAUGAUGGCUCUGAGAGAGGAGGUGCAGAGGGAACAAAGACGGAGUGAGGAAACCAAAGAGAAGCUGAGGCAGAUGGAGGAAGCACAAGAGGAGCUGACGAGGAGAGAGAAGCAGAUGUCUGAGGAGCUACAAACAGAAGAGAGGGAGAAGAAGGAGCUUAUAUUGAGGAUGGAGGAGAUGACGGCUCUGAGGGAGGAGGUGAAAAGAGAACAAAAAGAGAAGGAGGAGACAGACAAUAAUCUGCAGAGGACAGAGGAGGAGGUGACGACUCUCGGAGAGGAGGUGCAGAAGGCGCGGAGGAGGAGAGAGGAGGUGCAGGAGGAGCUGAGAGGAGUUCAGCAGAGCAUGGAGGUGAUGACAGACAACCUGAGCUCCCUGCAGAGUCAGGUGUGUGACCUGAGUCUGAGCACGGAGCGGUUGAAGCAGGAGAUAAAGGAGAAGGAGCAGGAGAUGCAGCAGGUGAAGGAGGGACUGAGGGAGGCACUGGAGGAGGGGACCCAGCUCAAAGGGCUCCUGCAGGUACAGCUCCUGCCUCCACCUGUGCUUCAGUUCAUGGAGAGCCACACAGAGGGACAGCGACUGAGGAGCGCUCUGCAGGACAAGAAGAAGGAGGAGGUGGAGAACCUGAGGAUAGUCAUAGAGGAGGUGGAGCAACAGAGGGAGGAGGUUGAGAAGGAAAGAGGACAGCUGGAGGAGCUGAGAGCAAGAACCAAGGCCCUGGAGUGGAGGAGGAGGGAGGUGAUGGAGGAGCUGGAGGAGGCUCUUCAGGCGAAGGAGAAGGCAGAGGAGUACAGGAGGGAGGCUGAGGAGUGUUGGAGGAGCAGAGUGGAGGAGAUGGAGGAGGAGAAGCAGGUGAAGCUGAGAGAUAUCCAGACGGUGAAGGAGAGACAGGUUGAGGUGGAGGAGACCAGGGCUGAGCUAAGCAGGGUCAGAGCCACCGCGGCCAUGUUGGAGGAGGAGAGACGUGGACAGAUAAGGAAGAAGACAGACGACAAGAAGAGAGGAGGAGCGGAGGAGGAGCAGCAGAUGACUUCUCUGCUGCAGGAGCAGGAGGAGGUGAAGAGGCUGCUGAAGCUUCGAGAAACUGAGGUGUACGCGCUCACUCAGAGGACGGAGGAGCUGGAGACGGACAGGGAUCGAGUCCGAUUGGCUCUGGAGAGAACGGAGGCAGCUUUGAUUGGCUACAAGGAGAGAAUCCACCAACAGGAGCAGAGUUCAGGGGCGGGACCAAACUCAGGAGAGGGUGUCGGGGACAGACUCGUUGUCCUCCAGCGUCUCGUUGCUGAACUGGAACUCGAACAAAACCGACUGAACAAGAAAAACUCACAUCUGGAAAAUACCAAAGACAAACUGAAGAGCGAGAGACACACACUGAGAGACACACUGAGACAGGUGGAGGACGAGCGAACGAGGCUGCAGCUGAUUGUAAGCAGCAGAUCUCAGGAGUCCACAGAAGAAGAGCGUCUGCGCAGGCGGGUGGUGGAGCUGGAGCAGCAGGUCAGUCAGCUCCAUCUCUCAUUGGCUGUGGAUCAACAGCAGAGGGCGGAGUUUAUCCAGCAAUCGUCCAGGAACAGCGAGUGGCUGCUCUCCCUGAGACACGACCUCGGUGAUUCGCUCGCCAUCGUCACGCACAGUCCAAUCCCAUCGGUCCUGGAGUCUGAGACACAGCGAUUGGACCGCAGCCUGAGGGAGGAGGAGCUGAGGAUGUCGCUCAGCCAAUCAUAACGCCUGAUCAUCUGUUUCAUCCACUGGACACGAAGCAGGAAGUGAACUGUCCAACCACAGACCCCGUCUCGUGACGCUGGGUCAAGCAGCAGCCAAUCAGCAGCCAAGCAGCAGGAGUCUGCAACAUGAGGCUCACUUUGUGUAAAUGUGAAAGUUAUUUUUAAUGUGUGUCAGUUUUGAUUGUUUUCUAUUUGUAUUUAUAUUCUGUUUACAUUUGUUACGACACACUACGUUUCCCAUGAUCCUCAGCCUGAGCUGCUUCUGGCUCCCGUGAAGGUUAAAGGUCGAUGAAAGUUCAAUAAAGAUAUUAUAAAGUGAAGUAGGUUGAUUUCUGCUCUGAGUGUAAUGCCAGGCGCAGCCGGCAGGGGGCACUAGCAGCACUCAGUUACCAUGGCAGCUGGUCUCCCCCUCCUGGUCCCAAGAGAGAUGACAGCCUGGACUGUCCAAUGAGGAGGAGCCACAUCAUUGAUCACAUGACUAGUGUUUGUGUUGAACCACUGACAAAUCAUUAUAAUUAUUAUUAUUAUUUACACUUCCUGUUUACACUGCGCACUGUAGCCUCCUUUCUUGUUGCUAUGGUUACUCCAAGAGCUCCUCGCCUGUUGUUUUUCGAUCGAUCCAGAGGAGGAGCCACGUUGAGCUAAUUAUCAAUAUUAGCUUAGCUCAGGACCAAGAUUUGUUUAAAGUUGUUGUUUAUAAGUUAAGUUAGCUUAUAUAUAUAUAUUUAUAUCAGGGCUGUCAAAAUGAACGUGUUAACGUGGGCUGAUUAAUUUGUGGAAUUAAAGCGUUAAUAUUUUUGCACUAACGUCUGCACAGAAUGAGCCGCUCCAUGUGCUUCUGCAGAUGAACUCAGAUUCAGAUUUAAAACCGUUUGGUUGUUUGAUUUGAACAGUUUGAUUCAUCCAGCCUGUGUUUGAUCAAAAAGAUCAAAGGCUAAGACUCCCGACUGCUCAGGAUGAAGGUUCUUAAAGUUUGAUUAAAGAAGAAGUUCUGAAUCACUUCCUCCUGUGUUUGCUCAGAGGCAAAGUGAAGAAACAGACACAUUUAAUUAUGCUGUGUUAUGUUUUAGUUUGAUUUGAUUUGAUUAAUAACUAUCAUUUGUACUCGUCAUCAAUAAAAUAACGAUAAAGGUA